AAAUAUCUGUGUCUAUUACAACAAUGUAAUCGUGUGCUACUUUACUGUUACGAAGGGUGUGCACGGUAUAUGUAUACUCCCCGUACAAAAUGCACUCUCCUACAAAAUAUACUAGUUCCAUUAUCGAUAGAUCGAUCGAUUCCUGACAAUACGACAGAAGGUUACCGCCAGCCGUGACGAAUGCAUCUCUGAGAAAAAUCUGUUACAUUUCCAUUUAUUAUUUUUGUCAUGGCCAUUUUUUUCGAAAUUAUCUAUGUCUUUGUACAACAAUGUAAUCAUGUGCUACUUUACUGUUACGAAGGUUCAAAACUCGACAUCACCAUGGUAGACAAACUUCACGAGUACGAAGGCUUUACCGGACGUGUUCAUGGAUUUCGUGAUAAAUUGAAAGAAAAGUGGGAAUCCUGGAAAGAAUUGAAACGCGACAUACCUACCGAUCAGGGUAUCGAGGGUUUUUUAAAUCAUCUUAGAGGACCGCCAAAAUUGGAAAGAACUCUCGACGAUUAUUCGCAUAUAUACAGAAAAAAGACUCGUGGUGAAUUAGUACGUGUUUCGGCUGCUGUUAUGGGAAUCGAAUUUUCAUAUGCCGCUGAGACAGCCUUUGUCUCUCCUACCCUGCUUAAGAUCGGCGUAGAUCAUCAGCACAUGACACUAGUAUGGGCCUUAAGUCCCCUGGUGGGAUUUUUCGUUACCCCAAUUUUGGGUAGCGUCAGUGAUCGCUGUCGACUCAAACAAGGCAGAAGAAGGCCCUUCAUCUUGCUUCUGGCAGUGGGUGUACUGAUCGGUUUAAUUUUGGUACCGAACGGCGAAGGAAUGGGUUACGCAUUCGGAGAUGUACCGUCUGUAACCAAUGUUACUGUUCCUCAUGGACACAGGACAACGGCAACGUCAUCGAAGGAUGAUGCACCAAUGACGUCAUCGGUAUCAUCGCAUUCAUGGGGUAUAUUUUUUACUAUUUUGGGAACGGUCUUACUGGAUUUUGAUGCGGAUGCUUGUCAGAGCCCGGCUAGGGCUUAUCUGUUAGACGUCACGGUACCAGAGGACCAUGCCAGGGGUCUGAGCACGUUCACCAUAAUGGCUGGACUAGGUGGUUUCAUGGGAUAUGGACUUGGGGGUAUCAAUUGGGACGCCACCACCAUUGGGGUCAUGCUUGGAGGUCAUCUUCAUGCUACCUUCACUCUGAUCACUAUAAUUUUUGUGAUCUGCGUGGCUUUGACCAUCACGAGCUUCAAAGAAAUUCCGCUCGAGGUUCUCGAGAGAGAUCAAUACCAACAACUACAAAAUCAAAAGAUUGCAGAAGAGCAAGACAAGGAUGACGAGCGUGAAAAGAUUGCUAACGAUGAGUGUACCUCGUAUGGGGCACUUGGACAUGAAUCAGAAACAAAUAUUGGCAAAACGGAUGAUUUUGUACUGAAACCUCUUCCCGUUGAGGAACCAGUGAAAAGACUUGGUGCGGUACCAAUGGUACCGGAUGUACCAGCUCCACCUGACUGCGAAGGAAGUUACGUUAAUUAUGGAUUUGAUGAAAAUCCUGAUGCCAAUCCUCGUGCUACCUUACAGGAAUAUCUUUUUUCUAUACUCUAUAUGCCUCACAGCAUGCGUAUGGUCUGCUUGACGAAUUUAUUUUGUUGGAUGGCACACGUGUGUUAUUCUUUGUAUUUCACGGAUUUCGUUGGGGAAGCUGUGUACGGUGGAAAUCCUAAGGCUCCUGACGGAAGUGACGAGAGAGAAUUGUACGAAUCUGGGGUUCGUUUUGGAUGCUGGGGAAUGUCAAUGUAUUCGCUUUCGUGUUCCUGUUAUUCGUUAAUCAUCGAAAAACUAAUAGAACGUUAUAAAGCACGCAAGGUAUAUAUAUGCGGCCUCUUAUUCUAUAGCACCGGUAUGAUGAUGAUGGCGCUUACUAAACAUCCAGCUGGCGUUAUCAUAUUCUCCUGGACCGCAGGUGUUAUGUACUCGACAUUAUUUACCAUGCCAUAUUUACUGAUAGCGCAUUAUCAUGCUUCAUCUACGUUUGCUGUUACUGCUGAUGGCGAAGCGAUACAAAGUGGCGGCGUGCGUGGAUUAGGUACAGAUGUUGCUAUUGUGUCAUCGAUGGUAUUCCUUGCGCAAUUUUUAUUAUCCUGCUGCCUGGGUACCAUUGUGAGUUUAUCUGGAACAACUACAGCAGUCGUAUGUGUCGCCAGUGUGUUGGCAGCCUGCGGCGCGUUAUCGGCUACUCAAAUAAUGUACCUGGAUCUUUGAGUGAAAUUGCGUACUGAAAAGAAUUUUUUUAAAAAUUAUAUUGGGACGAAUAUUAUAUAAAAAAGUGGAGAGUAUGUAAACUUUGAGGUAUUGAUUAAUUUUGUUUCUGUUGUUCAAUUGUAAAGUGGCAUGGUUCUUGUUGCAGAUCAUUCCUUUUCGAUUUACGUGAAACAAUGAUUUUGAGUACUGGCCAAAAAUAUUUCUCCAAAAGAAAUGCAUAUAGACUUUGAAACUUUUAUGGACGUUGAUACGUGUGCACAAAUAAUCGUUAUAAUUAAAGUUGACGAUACGAUAUGAGUAAUCGAUUUUAUGUUAUUUAUGUUGAUGUCUAUUUAAUCGUUAACGUAUAAAUCGAGUUUAGAUGACGGUGUAAAUAUAUUAGUAAUACGAAUAAAAUCGUUGUUACUAUGAA